CCAGCGGGCGGUCGAGUGGUUGCGAUCGGCAAUCCAUCGGGACUUGCAUUUUGUGUUUGCGAUGGUUUACUGCAAAGUGUGGACAAACCGGAGAGUACGGUAUCGGUUGGCACUUACGAGUACUAUCAGAGCACCGAUGACCCCAAGGAGACUGUUUGUGUUCACACGUGUCCGAUGGGUCCGGGCUUUUCCGGCGGACCAUUGAUUGAUAUGAGCGGACGGUUAGCGGGCGUUAAUUGGGGCGGAAUUCCCGGCUUUUGUGAAUCGUUUGCCAUUCCUUUGGAAAAUUUCAAACGAUUCAUUUUUAAAGCCAUGAAAUUUCAAAGUCAUGAAAGACUAUUACAGGAGAAAAGAUAUUCAUAUGAGAGCAACAAAUCGUUGGGAAUCGCUGUCCAACCGAUGAGUCUUUCCCUCAGAAGACAUAUUGAAAACGAGAUAAUCGGAGACCGAAUGAAGAGCCAAAUCAGAAGUGGACUUAUUGUCUAUUGGCAUACAUUUACACCAAAUAAACUUCCGUCAAAGUAA